AUGGCCCACGACGAGUCUAACCCCUUCGUUCGGCGAGCGACAACGCCCAAGACGCCGCGCACUAAGCGCGAGAGCGCAAACAUCACGGCACUCCGCGAAGGGCUGGGCCGGAUGAAUGUUCUCGAUGGCGCGGGCGAAUUUGUGUCAGAUGCACCUAAACGACGGGACCGAGACAACAGGGGUCGUGAUCUCGACCGCUUCGUCCCCUCGCGCAACCAGUCUCUCAGCUCGGCCUCGACCUCGUUCCAGGAACUCGAAUCGCUCGCCUCCGAUCGUUCCACUACCAACCCUCGUAUCCUGUCCUUCCGUACAGCCCCGCCUCUAGCAACGCAUGCGACCUCGCACCUCGACGCGCAGCGCAACUAUCUCCUCCAAUCCUCGGCCACCACGAACCGCGGUACUGGGACGUCGGCUGGCACAGCGACGAAGAAGCGCACACCUCCGUAUAUGCCCGAGCGUGUUCUCGAUGCCCCAGGUUUUGUGGAUGACUAUUAUCUCAACUUGGUCGAUUGGAGCGGUGCGAACCGUGUCGCUAUCGGUCUCGAGAAGCAACCCUAUGUGUGGGAUGCCGAGACGGGCGACAUCAUCAUUCUUGGACCCGAAUCCGAGACCAAUGUCUGUUCCGUGUCCUGGAGCCCGGACGGUGCUUACCUCGCCAUCGGGAAGGAACAGGGCGCCGUCGAGAUCUGGGACGUCGAGGAGAAUAAGCGAGUGCGGGUCAUGCUCGGGCACAAUGCACGUGUCCCAUCCCUCUCGUGGACGGGACACAUCCUCUCCUCGGGAUGCCGUGACGGCACCAUCUUCCACCACGAUGUACGCAUCGCCGAGCACAAGACGGCCGAGUUACGUGGACACACGGCUGAGGUGUGUGGUCUGUCCUGGAGAGCGGAUGGGCAGCUCCUCGCGUCGGGUGGAAACGAUAACGUGGUCAACUGCUGGGACUCUCGUACUCUGACUAGCGUCAUUGGUGAGAGCCGCGUCGUGCCCAAGUGGACGAAGCGUAACCACACGGCCGCCGUCAAGGCGAUCGCAUGGUGCCCGUGGCAGUCGAACCUCCUCGCGACGGGCGGCGGAUCGCAGGAUCAGCACAUCCACUUUUGGAGCACGUCCACGGGUGCUCGCACCAGCUCCCUCAAGACUGGCUCGCAGGUCACCAGCAUCGUGUGGAGCCCGCACGCCAAAGAAUUCCUUUCAACCCACGGAUAUCCCGACAACAAUCUCUCCGUGUGGUCAUACCCCGCCCUCGCCAAGAUCUACGACGUACCUGCCCACGACUCGCGUGUGCUUGCCUCUUCUCUCAGUCCUGACGGGUGCACCGUCGUGACCGGAGCGGGCGACGAGAACCUCAAGUUCUGGAAGAUCUGGGAACCGCGCUCAUCCAAGAAGAGCGAGAAUGCCACCUCGACGGGCUCAAGUCGCAUGCGCAUCCGCUAA